AGGCGCGGCGCGCUGCCUACUGUCCGGCCGCAUCGACCCCGCGGCCAGUCUGCGACCGAGCGAGCGAGGCGACGCACAGGACUCCUUCGACACCCGGCUCUCCCGACACUCCGCAGAGCAUGGGGCGUGUGGAGGCGGUGCUGCUACUGGCGGCGGCGGUGGCGGCGGUGGCGGCGGUGGCGGCGGUGCCUGCCUCCCUCAUGGAGGACACGAAGCAGGCGCAGCUGCACUCUAGCGCCAAGGUGAAGCGGGCCCAGGAGGUGAUGCUGUUCGGCAACCAGCAGAACAGGCCCUCCGAGGCCGCCUACUUCCAGGGCAUCAAGCGAGGUGACGAGGGCGACGAGGCGGACGACUCGGCCACCAAGUCGCUGCCGGCAGACGGCUUCCAGGACGCCGACGAGGACGCCCCACGCCUGGAGGAGGGAGGCAAGUCGCUCGCGCAGUACGAGAAGGGUUACCGCUACGGGGUCGGCAAGGAGGCGCUGGACAAGCACGCCGAGAACGCCCUGCUCAAGUCUGAGCUGUUCGGCGAGCCGGCCGCUGUGAACCAGUACCGCUACUACGGCGGCGGCGAGCGCCGAGGCCUGCAGGACGCCGGCUUCGCCACUCCGUCCAAGCGCAGUGGGAUGAGCAGCUUCCGCCCCAUGGUGCCCCGCGUGCUGUCCUCUGGCCAGCGGCUCAAGAGGGACCUGGAGCUGGACCCAGAGGACGUCAUCGCGCUGCUGUCGCUCUGGGAGGCCGAGCACCGCAAGCAGCUGCCCUACAGCAGGCAAGAGCCGUCGGGGUGGUCCCAAUUCAACGGCGCAGAACCAUCCGAGGACUUCGAGGCACCAGAAGAAGGCGAGCAGGGAGAGGCGGAGGAAGACAGCCCCAAUGCAGGCGGCUGGUGGGAGGGCCCGGUGUAUCCGUCAGCCCCCAGCGCCUACCCCGGGCACUUCGCGCUGGACAAGCGGGUGCCGAUGUACUACCCCUCUGCGGGCGCGCAGUUCCCGCUCUUCCCGGCCCAGAAGAGGGAGGGCCAGUGGGGCGGCUUCGCCAAGGACAAGCGCUUCAUGGUCACCCGCAAGCGACAGGCUCCGGCUAGAGACGGCGUCCACUCGCUGGCCCAGCUGCUCAACUCCACGCCCCGUCGCGACCCAGGGGUGCCCGUGCUGCGCCGCAUGGUCCUCUGAGCCCAGAAACGAUCUUGAGCGGACCAACACGUUGGAGGAUUCGAGCUGACCAGCACUCGCUCGCCUAUAUUUACCAACACGUCACUCAAUCAAACUGAUCAAGUAUAUGUCGUACCUCGUACCUAAACGUUAGGCGGUGUUUUCCUAGCCUGUAUUCUAUUAUCAUUUGUAACAGAAAGAACUCUAUUGCAUAUUAUUGAAAAAGUAUUAAAACAAAUCUUUUGGUGCGUCUUGAAAUCUAUUUAAUGAACACUGUAGGAAAAAGUAACUGUAUCCGAACAACAAAAUUAUUCGUUGCAAGAAAUUCGUAACGAGUAGGUACAGAUAUUGUUUAGUAUAUGUAAAUAGCUCACAGGCCUCAAGACGGAUAUUAGUUUUGUGUUUCUUGUUAACUGCAAAAUAGUUUUCUCUAAGAAGAGAAGCUGUGAAUAUGAGCUAUAUUUUUAAGAAAAUACUAUUUACAUGAGUCUUUGUAGAUGUUAAACAUGUCAGUCAUAUAUGAAAGAGGUAUUUAGUGUGUGUUUAAACUUACACAUAUCCGACGUCAUGAAUUCCAAUAAUUCAGUAACUUCUAGGUUGCUGUCUGGUUCUUAAAGACGAAUAUAGCAUUGAAAGUCAUUUAUUAUUAAAAUAAUUUAGGCUGUUUUGGAUCUAUAUGUAUUGCACAUCAAUUACAAUCUGGUGCAAAUGAUAUUGUUUAGUUUUACCUAUUAAUUGUAACUGCCUGAAAUGUAGUAACGUUCAUGGAAUAAAUAAGUCCUUUGAUGACAAUAAUAA